CAUUCUGGUGCUUAUCCGGGGAUGUCACACCGCUGCUAUUUUCUCCCCACAGUCCCUCUCACUCUCUGCUCUCAGCACCAGCGGACAAGAACGGGGCUUUGGAUAGAAAGAAACGCAUAUAGAUACCAGACAAAAGCCAGUUAUGGCAGAGGUUGCAGUCGGGAGCUUGCCUUUAGUGGAUCCUGUUUUUAAUUACCAAGAGCACGAACUCAACGACCGACUGAAACGGCUCUACCCGGCUGUGAACGAGGAAGAGACCCCUUUACCCCGAUCCUGGAGCCCCAAGGAUAAAUACAGCUAUAUUGGGCUGUCACAGAACAACCUGCGAGUCCAUUACAAAGGUCACGGGAAGAACCACAAGGAUGCGGCAUCAGUGCGCGCGACACACCCCAUCCCGGCGGCCUGUGGGAUUUACUACUUUGAAGUCAAGAUUGUCAGCAAAGGUCGAGAUGGGUACAUGGGUAUAGGCCUGUCUGCGCAGGGGGUCAACAUGAACAGAUUACCGGGAUGGGACAAGCACUCAUAUGGUUAUCACGGAGAUGAUGGCCACUCCUUUUGCUCCUCUGGGACAGGACAGCCGUAUGGGCCGACCUUCACCACUGGAGAUGUGAUUGGCUGCUGUGUGAACCUAAUCAACAACACAUGUUUUUACACCAAAAAUGGCAUAAGUCUAGGUGUUGCCUUCACAGACCUCCCUCCAAACCUGUAUCCCACUGUGGGCCUGCAAACUCCCGGAGAGAUUGUAGAUGCUAACUUUGGCCAGCAACCCUUUGUCUUUGACAUUGAAGACUACAUGAGCGAGUGGAGGGCCAAGAUCCACGGCAUGAUCGCUCGCUUCCCUAUUGAAGAAAGACUGGGGGAGUGGCAAGGGGUUCUGCAAAAUAUGGUGUCUAGUUAUCUGGUGCAUCAUGGGUACUAUGCCACCGCAACAGCCUUUGCCAGAGCCACACAGACCACGAUACAAGAGGACCAGUCAUCGAUAAAAAACAGACAAAGAAUACAGAAGCUGGUGCUGGCAGGUCGUGUGGGUGAAGCCAUAGAAGAUACUCAGCAGCUGUACCCAGGACUCCUAGAUCACAACCCCAACCUCCUGUUCAUGUUGAAGUGUCGUCAGUUUGUAGAAAUGGUCAAUGGUACAGACAGUGAAGUUCGGCGUUUGACCGUCCGCUCGCCCAAGUCCCAGGACAGUUACCCAGGGUCACCAAACCUCAGUCCUUGUCGCGGGCCCAACAGCACACCCCAGCACACCAGAGGAACAGACAGUCCCACCUGCAGUAACGGAGUGACACCUCCCAACAAGACAAAGCUUCAGGGGGUUGUGGGCAGUAGCAAAUAUCCCAGUGCAUCCUCCUCAGCCUCUUCCUCCACCUCCUCCUCCCCUUCAUCUGUCAACUACUCCGAGUCCAACUCCUCCGAUUCCACCAAAAGCCAGCCACAUAGCAACCAAGAGACAAGUGACAGUGAGAUGGAGAUAGAAGCAGAGCAUUACACCAAUGGAGUGGUAGAGGGCUCUACUGCUCGAAUUAUGAACGGCACCUACAAACAUGAAGAGAUCCUUCAACCAGAUGACAACAGCAUCGGCAAUGGGGUCAUAGGCACAGAGGAGUGUAGUAAUGGCCGACAGCUGUGUGGAGGGAACCAGGCAGCCACUGAGAGGAUGAUCCAGUUUGGACGAGAACUGCAGGCGCUCAGUGAACAGUUGUGUCGAGAAUACGGCAAGAACAACACGCACAAGAAAAUGUUACAGGAUGCUUUUAGCUUGCUGGCUUACUCUGACCCAUGGAACUGCCCUGUUGGACAGCAGUUAGAUCCCACACAGAGAGAGGCACUCUGCUCUGCACUCAACAGCGCCAUACUGGAGUCUCAGAAUCUGCCCAAGCAACCCCCCCUGAUGUUGGCACUGGGUCAAGCCACAGAGUGCGUGGAGCUGAUGGCCAGAGUCCGCUCCGGCUCCUGCUCCUUUGCCAGAGUAGAAAACUUUUUGCACUAGCCCAUGGCCAGGGUAACAUAAAGUAGCACUGAGAGAGGGGUAUGUUCAGCAGGUAGUUCCCAUGGCGAAGAAGGAGCAAGUAUGUGUUUUGAUUGGUGCGUUUGAUGUCACGUCAGACUACGCCUCACCGGAGGAGCGCUGGAGAGCCGUGAAGAAAGUCUCCUUUUUAAUUUAGUAUUAUCAAAUAAAAUGUGUGACACUAUUUAAAGAUCAUUAAUUAUUAUUCUGUUAUCUAGCUAUUUUUAGUUAUUUGAUGUCAGUUUGUUGUGCUUAUCCUGGACAGUUUUACAAAUUGUAAUGGCCCUAUAUUUUCUCUUCUCCUGGAGCUGGAGAUGAUUCCUUAACACCAGUAUUUAACUUGUUCAUCGUGUCACUGAUCACAAAACCUGUAGCAGCCUUUUAUUAGUCAGCCUUUUUCCAAAUUUCAAAGAAGAGAUUAUGCUUUUUCUCUCAUAGGUAGAUUAUUAUCGUUUUUAGUUAUUGCAGUUUUUGGACUGCAUAAGUGACUUCUUUUAGCUUCAAGUCUGCUCAGCACACAAGUUAUUUUCUUAUUCUUAUUCUUCUCUACCAUUUAACUUUUGUGUUCUUAUAAAUCUCAGGAUGAUUUGAGUAAUUUAAAAUGUACUUAUUGCACUAAACCUCAGCAAGGAUGGUCACUAGAGAAUAACUGAUUGCUUGGUCUUAUGAUCUGUAUAGAAAGUAUACCUCAUUCUUCAAGUUAAAAAUAGACCUAAAAAAAGAACUUGUAACUUUGUUGUAAAGGUGGUGUGAAAUGCUCAAAUUGAAGGUGUCUGAGCACUAAUUUGACUGUCAGCCAAUCAGUGAUGUGGAUAUAGGUGGCAGGGGGUACAGCUACACUUAUAACUCUCCACUUCUAACACUGUGUCCGUACCCCCUAUCACCUGCAUAAAGUAAAUCAGGCUGAAAGGGAGCCUAACAAGCUCAGUGUAUGUUUGAAUAAGGCAAAGUUCUUGUGUAAUUUUACAGGUGCAGACUUACAGACUUAUAAAUAUAUAAAUUGGAACUAGGUAUUUCUAUUUAAUUACAAGCAUUUCAGAAUUAUUUAGACAAUUCUGUGAAUUCUUAGUGCACACAGAACACUGUCAGUGAGGUCACACAUUCAGUACAGAAACACACUGAAUUACCCAGAAUUCCAGGCUAUAUUUAGAUGUAGACAACAACAGACACUUAACACAGUUGCUUCAUUGUACGGGACCCGUAUAGUUGCCAAUAGUUUUUAAUCUCUGAAUUUAUGAAUUUAAAAUAGGAUAUGCUUAGGAAUUGCAUAUCUUAAUUUUACAUGUUUUUUUCAAAAUCUCUUUUUUUCCAUGCUCAGUGCACUCCCAAACAUUUUUUUUUAUAAUUUUGUGGUGAGUUAUAGCCCUGGAGUGCACAAGUUCACUAUGGGGUUGCUACAGAGUUUGUGAUCAGACUUAACCAGCUGCUUUUUAGAACAACAACCUCUGAAUGUCUCUGCAUACACAUCAGUAAAAGAAUUGUGUAUGCUUGUAGGCCUGUGUAUUGUUUUUUUUGUUUUUUUUACUUUGUUGUACCUGAAAAGAUCAACUCACUCUGAAUUCAGUCUCCCAGCUCUCCAUUCAUUUGAGGCUUGGACACAGCCGUGGACCGAAUCAGGAGGAGGACCCAGUGAUUGAUGUAAACUUAUAUGGAAAUGGCAACAAAGUUUUUGAAGCCAAAUAUGGACUUCCUACAAUAUGGACUUCCUACAAAAGAGGUCACAGAAAUGUAAAGUGCAUUGUCACACCAAGCUGUGCACAAUAGUUUUAAUUUCAUGUUGAGUUUUAGCAAAUCUAUCUCUCUCUAUAUAUAUAUAAAUAUAUAUAUAUAUAUUACAAAUGUGGGGGGUGUGAAAUGAAUUACUCUACACUUAGCAUGACUUUUAAAGUUGAAAAACAAUAUAAAAAAUGAAAAAGAUUAUAGAAAAAAGUAUGUACUGGAAACAUGUUAAAACAAAUAUUAUGCUUAAUUUUGACAGAAUUAUUUUUAUUAAAAUACAUCCUUAAGCUA